CCGCCCGCUCACGCUCGCGUGGUGCCGGCUGGCACGAAGGGACCAUGACCUUGGGCCCCCCCAGAAGGGGCUUUCUGAUGCUGCUGAUGGCUUUAGACCUAACCCAGGGUGACCCCGUGAAGCCCUCUCGGGGCCCGCUGGUAACCUGCACAUGCAAGAACCCACACUGCAGUGGGCCUACCUGCGAGGGGGCCUGGUGCACAGUAGUGCUGGUCCGUGAGCAGGGCAGGCACCCCCAGGAACAUCGAGGCUGUGGGAACCUGCACCAGGAGCUCUGCAGGGGACGCCCCACUGACUUUGUCAAUCAUUACUGCUGCUUCAGCCCCUUCUGUAACCGCAAUGUGUCCCUGGUGCUGAAUGCCACUAAACCUCCUCCGGAGCAGCCUGGAAUAGAUGGUCAGCUUCCUCUGAUCCUGGGCCCCGUGCUGGCCUUGCUGGUCCUGGUGGCCUUGGGUGCUGUGGGCCUGUGGCAUAUCCGGCAGAGGCAAGAGAAACAGCGGGGACUGCACAGCGACCUGGGCGAGUCCAGUCUCAUCCUGAAGGCAUCCGAGCAGGGAGAUAGCAUGUUGGGGGACUUCCUGGACAGUGACUGUACUACCGGCAGUGGCUCUGGGCUCCCCUUUCUGGUGCAGAGGACCGUGGCACGGCAGGUUGCCCUGGUGGAGUGUGUGGGAAAGGGACGCUAUGGUGAGGUGUGGCGAGGCUUGUGGCAUGGUGAGAGCGUCGCCGUCAAGAUUUUCUCCUCAAGGGAUGAACAGUCCUGGUUUCGGGAGACAGAAAUCUACAACACUGUGUUGCUCAGACACGACAACAUCCUAGGCUUCAUCGCCUCCGACAUGACUUCCCGCAAUUCAAGCACGCAGCUGUGGCUCAUCACGCACUACCAUGAGCACGGCUCCCUCUACGACUUUCUGCAGAGGCAAACGCUUGAGCCCCAGCUGGCCCUGAAGUUAGCUGUGUCAGCGGCCUGCGGCCUGGCGCACCUGCAUGUGGAAAUCUUUGGCACGCAGGGUAAACCGGCCAUCGCCCACCGUGACCUCAAGAGUCGCAACGUGCUGGUCAAGAGCAACUUGCAAUGCUGCAUUGCCGACCUGGGCCUGGCUGUGAUGCAUUCCCAGGGCAGCGACUACCUGGACAUCGGCAAUAACCCAAGAGUGGGCACUAAGCGGUACAUGGCACCCGAGGUGCUGGAUGAGCAGAUCCGUACUGACUGCUUCGAGUCCUACAAGUGGACUGACAUCUGGGCCUUUGGUCUAGUGCUGUGGGAAAUUGCUCGACGAACCAUUGUCAAUGGCAUUGUGGAGGACUACAGGCCACCCUUCUAUGAUGUGGUGCCCAAUGACCCAAGCUUUGAGGACAUGAAGAAGGUGGUGUGUGUUGACCAGCAAACCCCCACCAUCCCCAACCGGCUGGCUGCAGACCCGGUCCUCUCGGGCCUGGCUCAGAUGAUGCGGGAGUGCUGGUACCCCACGCCCUCCGCCCGCCUCACCGCGCUGCGCAUCAAGAAGACACUACAGAAACUCAGCCAUGGUCCAGAGAAGCCCAAAGUGAUUCACUAGCCCAGGGUCGCUGGACUCGCUCUGCCUGCAGUGUGGGGCGGCAGGGGAUUGUGGCCCAUCUGGGCAGAGGUUGUGUGUGUGUGUGUGUGUG